AUGGCGUCUGAACAGGCCUACGGCGUCACGCCCCCUAUCUCUGUCCAACUUCCCACCGAAGCAGAAUUGCGCCAAUCCGAUGCUCUCCUUGAAGAACUCAAGCGCCAAAAGACUUUCGAGAGUCCGGCGGAGACAGCCAAGAGAGAAGAAGUACUAGCCUCGAUUCAAACCAUUUGCGAUGCGUUCGUCCGCCGAGUUGCUCAGGAGAAAGAACCUAAGAAUGAAGUUCUCAUACGUAAUGCAAAGGGCAAAGUCUUCACUUAUGGUAGCUACCGAUUAGGCGUUUACGGUCCUGGCUCGGAUAUCGAUACCCUCAUUGUCGCGCCCAAAUAUGUCACCCGCGAUGAUUAUUUCAAACACUUUCCUGACCUGCUCAUCGCGAUGGCUCCCAAAGACGCCAUUACCGAUAUGGCUGUUGUGACAGAUGCUUUCGUGCCCAUCAUCAAGUUCGAGUAUUCUGGCAUCAGCAUUGAUUUGAUCUUUUCCAGGAUUAUCCAAAAACAACUGUCUCCUGAUUUCAAGGAUCUUAAGGACUCGGGCCUCUUGCGCGGGCUGGAUGAGCCAGAGUUGCGAUCCCUCAACGGCACACGAGUAACGGACGAGAUUCUUACAUUAGUACCAGAGCAAAGCACGUUCAAGAACGCUUUGCGCGCCAUCAAACUGUGGGCGCAAAGGCGCGCUGUUUAUGCUAACAUUAUGGGUUUCCCUGGUGGUGUCGCCUGGGCCAUGCUCGUCGCUCGAGUAUGUCAACUAUACCCGAAGGCAACUCCUUCCGUCAUCGUGAACAAGUUCUUCCUGGUGAUUAGCCAAUGGCGCUGGCCGCAGCCUGUACUCCUCAAGCCUAUCGAAGGCGGCCCCCUUCCUGUUCGAGUUUGGAAUCCCAGAGUCUAUAAGGGUGAUACUUUCCAUCUGAUGCCGGUCAUUACUCCAGCUUACCCCUCGAUGUGUGCGACGUUCAACAUCACCCGUUCAUCCAUGACCAUCAUCAAUCGAGAACUUAAACGGGCACUUCAGAUAUCCGAGAGUAUCAUGGUGGGCAAGCGGCCCUGGAGCGAUCUCUUUACCAAGCACACAUUUUUCACCGCAGGCUACAAGUAUUACAUAUCCGUUAUCUCAGCCGCAAAGACGAAAGAGAGUCACACGAUCUGGUCUGGCUAUGUCGAGUCCAAGGUUCGAAUGCUGGUUCAAAAGCUUGAACAACACCAAUCCAUUGCUUUGGCACAUGCCUUCAACAAGGGCUAUGAACGUCAUCACCGAUGUCAUAAUGAGCAAGAGAUCGAGUCGGUACAAGAAGGAAGCCUUGACUAUCUAUGCAAAGACGACAUUGAUGGCCCCUCUGUUAUGAGAAUUGAGCCCGCGGUUGCCGAACUGCCAAUCAAGACGGAAAACGGGCACAAUGGUCAAGUUGUAAAGGCCGAGAACGGGCAAGUCAUCAAAGCUGAGCCUACAGAAGACAGUGGUCCCAUCGCUGCUGAGCCCAGUAAGGCCGAAACGUCUGAAGAUACUAAGCCCACAGAGCAUGGACAAAGUAUCAAGCCCGAGCCCACAGAAGAUAACAGUCCCAUCACUGCCGAAUCUAUCAAGGAUGGGACAUCAGAUGAUAUCAAACCAGCAGAAACUCCUGCGGCAAGCGGUAUAACUGACGUUUACACAACUACGCACUAUAUUGGACUUGAACUGGCCCCGGGUGCCAAAUCGCUUGACCUUUCUUACCAGGUUGAUGAAUUCAAGGAACUUUGCACCUCGUGGCAAAGGUAUAAGGACGAUCUCAAAGAUAUUGUAUCAAUCGGUGUUCAGCAUGUCCGCAACUUCAACUUACCAGAUGAUGUUUUCGACGCCGGCGAGAGGAAGCCGCAGAAGAAAUCUGCAACUAAGAGCGCAGUGAACGGCAAGAAACGCGGCCCUCAAGAGGAAAAUGCACCCUCCGCAAAGAGGCAGCAAGCAUCGGUUGCGGCCGCAGGCUGA